AUGGCUAAUAGGUUGCUUCAAGAUCCUUUUAGUGUGCUUAAGGAGUACCCGGAAAAACUAACCGACACUUUUGAGAUUCCAUUACAAGGUGAAUGUUUACAGUUUAGUCAUGGGGGAGAUUAUCUAGCUGUUGGGUGUUCCAAUGGAUCGAUUGUAAUCUAUGAUAUGGAUACUAAGAAACCCAUUUCAAUGCUUGGUAAUAGGGGUGGUUCUCAUGUAAGGUCCGUUCAGUCCGUGUCUUGGUCUCAGUGCGGUCGUUAUUUGUUUAGUAGUUCUCGUGACUGGAGUGUAAAGAUGUGGGAUUUAAAAAUGCCUUGGAGGUGUUAUAAGGGAUAUAGAUUUGAUGGGCCUGUUUGGACUUGUGAUAUAUUAGGAAUUGAUGCCAAUAGGUGUGUUGCAACUGUUUUAGAACAAAAAUAUGGAUUUAUGAUUGAUUUUUCUCACGAUAUAGCCACAGCUGUUGAGAUCAGAGACCCAGCGAUGGAGCUGGAACAGCAAGAGGUGAAAGAUUAUGGGUAUACUUUAGUUACAUGCUUACACCCGCGUCUUAAAGAAGUCAUAAUCACGGGUACUUCAAACGGCUGGGUGAUUAUCUAUCGGAUUCUCCCUCAGGAUUCUGGCUUCAAAUUGAUUAAGAAAGCAUUUAUUGGUAAUUCGAAUAUCAAGCAUAUUAUAAUAACACCUUAUGGAGACAGAGUGGCGAUUAAUUGUUCCGAUAGAUCAAUAAGACAAUACUCUUUCACAAUCGACGAAGAUUCCUUCGAAAUAAAUCUCGAUUUGGAGCACAAAUACCAGGACGUCAUCAACAAAUUGCAAUGGAACUCAAUUGCCUUUAGCAACCAUUCCGGCGAGUAUAUCGUUGCAUCUGCCCAUGGAUCUUCUGCCCAUGAUUUGUAUCUUUGGGAAACAGGAUCAGGAACUUUAGUACGAGUCUUAGAGGGCCCCGAAGAAGAAUUACUCAACAUAGACUGGAACUUCUACAAUAUGUGUAUAACAAGCAAUGGGCUUGAGUCGGGAAACGUCUAUAUCUGGUCGAUUAUAAUUCCUCCUAAAUGGAGCGCAUUAGCUCCAGAUUUUGAAGAAGUGGAAGAAAACGUUGAGUACAGAGAGAAAGAGGACGAAUUCGAUCAACUAGACGAGCUAGGCCAUCAACAAGAACAAGAUGAGGCUGAAGAAGUAUACAUAGAUCUCCGUACAAAAGAGAAGUUUGAUGUCAGAGGUAAUGACCUAUCAUUGGAAAAAUUCAUCAUUCCUACAGACUACGAAGGCAUAUUAAUGGUCAAGGGGCUACAGGCUACUAGCAACACAUCAUGGAUUAAUUAA